GCAGAAGAAACCGGUAAUUCAACGGUCGUCUGCCGCGCCAGUAUGAAGUGGCCUGAUCAAAAGAGGGCAGCAGCGCUGGUUCUGGUGCUGGCGCUGCUGGCGCAGCAGACUCUGCAGGAGGCGCUGUGGCCGUUCACGCGCACCUCGAGACCGCGCCAGAAGUUGCCAAGCCGCCCUCAGCGACGCCCUCAGGGAGCUUAUGGAGCGCCUCCGAAGCCUUCAUAUGGAGCACCGCCUAAAGCUCCGAAACCAUCUUAUGGAGCACCACCAAAGCCUUCAUAUGGAGCACCACCUAAAGCUCCAAAACCAUCUUAUGGAGCACCACCUAAGCCUUCGUACGGAGCACCGCCUAAAGCUCCGAAACCAUCCUAUGGAGCGCCUCCAAAGCCUUCAUAUGGAGCGCCACCGGCUACUCCAAAACCAUCUUAUGGAGCGCCUCCAAAGCCUUCGUAUGGAGCACCGCCUAAAGCUCCGAGCCCGUCUUAUGGAUCGCCUCCUGCUGCUCCAAGCCCGUCUUAUGGGUCACCUCCUGCUGCUCCAAGCCCGUCUUAUGGGUCGCCUCCUGCUGCUCCAAGCCCGUCUUAUGGGUCACCUCCUGCUGCUCCAAGUCCAUCUUAUGGGUCACCGCCUGUUGCUCCAAGCCCGUCUUAUGUGUCACCUCCUGCUGCUCCAAGCCCGUCUUAUGGGUCACCGCCUACUGCUCCAAGUCCAUCUUAUGGGUCACCGCCUGCUGCUCCCAGCCCGUCUUAUGGGUCGCCUCCUGUUGCUCCAAGCCCGUCUUAUGGAUCACCUCCUGCUGCUCCAAGUCCGUCUUAUGGGUCACCGCCUUCUUCUCCAAGUCCGUCUUAUGGGUCACCUCCUGCUGCUCCAAGUCCGUCUUAUGGGUCGCCUCCUGCUACUCCAAGCCCGUCUUAUGAGUCACCUCCUGCUGCUCCAAGUCCAUCUUAUGGAUCACCUCCCGCUGCUACAAGUUCAUAUUAUGGAUCGCCUCCUGCUGCUCCAAGCCCAUCUUACGGUACACCUUCCAAUCCUGCUCCCAGUCUUACAUUAACUUACGACUCUCCGUCUGCUCCUAGUCCCAGCCCAUCAUACAGUGCUCCAUCUGCUCCAGGCCAGGACUAUGGGCCGCCCAAAGACAACUCCAUCACCAACUCGGGAUCUCCAUACAAUCCAGGCAGCAGUGAGAAAAGUAGUAAUACUAAAGCAGGAGGAGGUUUUUCGUUUUCAUCCUUCGAUCAACCGUCUUUUCCGGAUUUUAACUCGAUUUUUGAAGAUUUUUCUUCAACGGGAUUUCAAUCUUACGAAAACGACCAGACCUCUCGACCUGCUCCUGCAUCUUCAGGCUCGUAUCAAACACCCUCUCGACCAGCUCCCGCUCCUUCAGGGUCGUAUCAAGCACCAUCUGGAACAGCCCCCGCUCCUUCAGGGUCGUAUCAAGCACCCUUUCGACCAGCCCCCGCUCCUUCGGGGUCGUAUCAAGCACCCUCUCGACCAGCCCCCGCUCCUCCAGGGUCGUAUCAAGCACCCUCUCGACCAGCCCCCGCUCCUUCAGGGUCGUAUCAAGCACCAUCUGGAACAGCCCCCGCUCCUUCAGGGUCGUAUCAAGCACCCUCUCGACCAGCCCCCGCUCCUUCAGGGUCGUAUCAAGCGCCCUCUGGACCAGCCCCCGGCCCUUCAGGAUCAUACCAAACACCUGCUCGACCUGCCCCUGCUCCAUCAGGGUUGUACCAAUCCCCUUCCAAGCCAUCAUCAUCUCCAUCUGCAUCGUACCAAGCUCCUACUCGACCUUCAAAACCAUCAGGUUCUUAUGGUGCUCCACCGCAAUCCGCAACCGCGCCCUCUGAAUCUUAUAAAAAUUCAAUAGGACCUGCCUCUACUCCUUCUGGUUCAUAUGGAAUACCCUCAAAUCCAGGAGGACCUACAUCUUCUCCAUCAGGAUCAUAUGGAGCACCACCGGCCUCGCCCAAUUCAGCAGGAUCGUAUGGAGACUCUUCUGCAAGCCUACAAACAAACCCUUUCGACGAUACGUUUAGCGAAAUAUUCAACUCUCCACACAGUGAUGUUAGUAGUUUAUUCUCUGGCCAGGCUAGUAACUCGUACAAACCACCUAUUGGUGACCCUCUGCCUCUUGACGAUGGAUAUUCAUUCCCGUCCUCCAACUCGAUCGGCCAGUCGAGCUCCUAUAGUUCCAAGCGUUCCACCGGUAACUCAAUUGAUGACCUGUAUAAGUUUCCGCCGUUCUCGGCAGCACGCUCGAAAAUAAGCGACCAAAUUGACGCUUUUACUUCAAGUGAGAAGAACGAUGGACGCAUCAUUGCUACUGAGUUUGAUGAGCUCUUCGACUGGGACUGGAAGAGCGAAUAAAAGUCAUUACUUCCUCCACCUGUUUAAUUUUUUUACUCGCGACGGGAUCAACUUUAUUUUUGUUACGAUUUUGUCAUACCCAUCUUCCUACAUACUUUGUUAUGACGUGUAAAUAAAUUGAUUAACUUGAAA